CUGCCUCCGCCCCGCGGGCGCCGCCAUCUUGCCUGGGCAGCGGGCGGGGUUUGCCGUAAACCCGCGAGUAGUGACCCCGGGGGGCUCCGGUGCAGGGCUCGGCCGCCGCUGCCGCGGGCCGGUGCGGGAGCGCGAUGCGCGCGGGCGCGGAGGCGCCGCACCAGGUGCUGGGCCGGCUGCGGUUCCUGCUGCAGUGCAGCGAGUGCUUCCGCCGCGCCCGGGCGCUGCCCGCCGCGCUCUGCUACGUGCCCCGGGAGGUGCAGUACAAGAUCUGCAAGGACCCCGCCGCCGCCGCUGCCGCCGCCGCCCGCAGCCUGCUCAGCGUCUGGGACAGCCCGGGGCCGGCGCGGGGCGGCAAGCGGGCGGCGCGGGCCACCAUCGAGGUGCGGAAGGGCGGCUGCCUCCGCGCCACCGGCGAGGAGUACUGCAACGGCGCCGGGCUCUGGGUGAAGCUCAGCAAGGAGCAGCUGGAGGAGUACAAGAGCGGCUGCGACCUGGAGGAAGGCUGGGUGCUGGUGUGCAAGCAUGCAGAAGGAGGGGACAGGCUGGUCCCGGUUGAGUCCACGGAGAGGAUCCAGAGGCAGCAGCAGCUGUUUGGGGUCGAUUACAAACCCGUAAUCAGGUGGGAGCAGGUGGUGGAUCUGACGUACUCCCUGCGCCUCGGAGCAAAACCCAAGCCCAUGGAGCAGGACGAGGCUGCGGUAGCGAAGCUUCGGUAUGUGCCCCCAACAUGGACUUACGAAUGUGAUGAAGACCUGGUGCAUUUCUUGUAUGAUCACAUUGGGAAGGAGGAUGAGAACUUGGGCAGCGUCAAGCAGUAUGUGGACAGCAUCGAUGUCUCGUCCUACACGGAGGACUUCAACGUGUCGUGUCUGACCGACAGCCAUGCAGACACCUACUGGGAGAGCGACGGGUCCCAGGGCCAGCACUGGGUGCGGCUCAACAUGAAGAAAGGCACCAUUGUCAAGAAGCUCCUGCUGACAGUGGAUACCACCGACGAGAACUUCAUGCCCAAGCGGGUCACCGUGUAUGGGGGUGAGGGGGACAACCUGAAGAAACUGAAUGACGUUGGCAUUGAUGAGAGCUACAUUGGGGAUGUGUGUGUCCUUGAGGACAUGACAGCACACCUGCCUGUCAUUGAGAUCCGGAUUGUGGAGUGCAGAGAUGAUGGGAUUGACGUUCGACUCCGAGGGAUCAAAAUCAAAUCCUCUCGACAGCGGGACUUGGGGCUGAGUGCCGACAUGUUCCAGCUGGCUAAUUUAGUGCGCUACCCCCGCCUAGAAGGGACAGACCCUGACCUGCUCUACCGGCGGGCCGUGCUCAUUCAGAGGUUCAUCAAGCUCCUGGACAGUGUCCUGCAUCACCUGGUGCCAGCCUGGGACCAUACUGUUGGCACAUUCAGCAAACUCAAGCAUAUCAAGCAGUUCUUGCUGCUGUCCAAGCGGCGCACAGCUCUCAUUACCCAGUGUCUGAAGGACUCGGAGACCAGCAAGCCCAACUUCAUGCCGCGGCUCUAUAUUAACCGACGCCUGGCCAUGGAGCACCGUGACAACCCUGCCCUGGACCCCAGCUGUAAGAAUGCUGUCUUCACCCAGGUGUAUGAAGGCCUGAAACCCUCCGACAAGUUUGAAAAGCCCCUAGAUUAUAGGUGGCCGCUGCGUUAUGACCAGUGGUGGGAGUGCAAAUUCAUCGCAGAGGGCAUCAUCGACCAAGGUGGCGGUUUUCGGGACAGCCUGGCGGACAUGUCAGAGGAGCUCUGUCCCAGCUCAGCAGACACGCCUGUACCCCUGCCCUUCUUCGUGCGCACAUCCAACCAGGGCAACGGCACUGGGGAAGCCAGGGACAUGUACGUCCCCAACCCCUCCUGCAAAGACUUCCCAAAGUAUGAGUGGAUCGGGCAGAUCAUGGGAGCAGCUCUGAGAGGCAAGGAGUUUCUGGUCCUGGCUCUUCCUGGCUUUGUAUGGAAACAAUUAACAGGGGAGGAGGUCAGCUGGAGCAAAGACUUCCCUGCUGUGGACUCUGUGCUGGUGAAGCUCCUGGAGGUGAUGGAAGUCAUGGACAAAGACACCUUUGAGUUCAAGUUUGGGAAUGAGCUGACCUACACAACGGUGCUGAGUGACCAGCACAUGGUGGAGCUGAUCCCCAAUGGCAGCAGUACUGUGGUGCGCUAUGAGGACCGCAAGGAGUUCAUCCACCUGGUGCAGAAGGCUCGGCUGGAGGAGAGCAAGGAGCAGAUCAUGGCCAUGCAGGCUGGGCUGCUGAAGGUGGUACCUCAAGCUGUUCUUGAUCUCCUCACCUGGCAGGAGCUGGAAAAGAAAGUCUGUGGAGACCCUGAAGUCACAGUUGAUGCCUUGAAGAAGCUCACACGAUUUGAGGACUUUGAGCCAUUGGAUACCCGGGUUCAGUACUUCUGGGAAGCGCUCAACAACUUCACCAACGAGGAUCGUAGCCGCUUCCUCAGGUUUGUCACUGGCAGAAGCCGCCUUCCAGCACGGAUCUACAUCUAUCCAGACAAGCUGGGCUCUGAGACAACGGAUGCAUUGCCAGAGUCCUCCACCUGCUCCAGCACCCUCUUCUUGCCCAACUACGCCACAGCCAAAGUGUGCGAAGAGAAGUUACGCUAUGCAGCCUAUAAUUGCGUAGCCAUCGACACAGAUAUGAGUCCGUGGGAAGAGUGAUGUUGUAGCCUGACCAAGCAGCAUGGACAAUUGUUCGACAAAACCAUGCAAUGGGAAGAGCCCCCUUUUACCCCCAGGAUGUGUAUAUAUAAUAAAUGUGUAGGUGCGAAGCCUGGCUCCCUGCAGUGGUAACCAGCACUGCUUUGGACAAGGAGGUUUGGGACUUUGGCAGGGUGGGAGCUAGCUCAGAGAGUAAAUGUGAUUGCAGGAAUGAAACCCUGUCCCCAGCCAUGAUACAUCGGAAAGGUCUGGGAGGUUUUUGUAAUGAGUUUGUUCUCCAAAUGUCCCUGCUGCAGCCCAUAUCUCACGCCCACCCUUCCAAGGCAGUGCUCUACUCCAAGUAGAGAUAGGGUAGGGCCACAAAGCUGCACGGUGGCUUAUGGUACAGGAUGGAGAACUCUGUGAGGUGCUGCUGAGACCGUGGGGAUGCUCAGAGAUGCUUAGUGUUUCCUAGCCUGAGUGUCCUGACCGCAUUCCCUUGUCUCAUUCCUACUUUCGCAUGAGAACAUAGAAAUGAGGUCAUUUGUCUAGGUUUAAGAAGAAAUGGGGCAGACUGGUGGCAGGCACUGCAGGGAUGCCUCUGGCCACCAGGUGUCACGACAGACCUGCACACCAGGGCACAGCAGGACUGUGGGUGCUGUGAAGGCAGGGCUCCUGUGCUCUUAUAUCCCACCAAAUCCCAGUUAGCCACACCUGUGUCGACCUGUGGUUCACCACACCUGUGUGCUGCAGUGUUUGCUGGGGGACCUGCUUCCCUACAGGAGAUGGAAAUUGUCUACUUCCCUCCUGCUCUGUAGUCUCCCAGUGAAUGGCUGCUAGGCCUCCAGCAUGCCCUGCUGCAUUCUCCCAGGCCCUUCAAGCCUUGGUUUUCCCCUCAAAGCCUGUGUUAUAACUAAUAAGUUACAGUUCUUGCAGAAAUGUGCAGGGAGGGCCAAGCUCUUCUCCCAGACAGCCGGGGUUAGAGCAGCAGCGGGCAUGGGAGUGCCAGGCUCUGUUCCCCUCUGCCAUGGGGAGGGAGGUGGAGGUCUCCAGUGCGGCGGGCUAGUCCUCACCCCAGGGCAGCAGAAGGACUGCAGAUAGCAGAUGUUGGAGCUGCUCAAUCACAUGACACACUAGUAGGUCAGCAUGUGAUGGAGGUGAUGAAAGCUUUACAACUUCAAGACCAUACAAAAUGUUCUUUCACCUUCCCAGCACUGAGCAGGAUAGCAGCCUACCACCCAUGAGCUACCAGAUGUCAGUUUGCUUUUAUACCCCCUUCCACAGCUAUAUUGUCAGUCUUUGUGGUCUACUGGGCCAUCAUUACUACAGAGGCACUGAGCCACUAUUGCUGGAGUGGGGCUGAUGCGGAGAGUUAGGACUUAUCCUAUGUCUAACACCUCAUACCUUUUCCUCCCUGUUGAAGAAACCUGCUAUCCAGAAACUGCUUCCAGUCCUAAAUGAAGUCCAUCUCUUCACCAGUUUCCUUUGAAACUGCUGUAUUCCCAGAGCUGCUGAGAGGAAUUGUACUGAAAGGACUGUAGGAUCAGGAGAGAGUAUACGCUGAGGUUUCCCAUAUCACAGUGAGCAGGAUCUAGGGUGAGCAGGGAUAUUGUUUCUGGUAGCUCUCGCCUGCAGCAGAGUCUUCCACACUCAGUUUGAUGGGUGUGAAGUCCUGUCUGCUGCAGGGUUUUUUUUUUUUUUUUUUUUUGGAGCAUGAUGAGUUACCUCAGAAUUGAGCUCUUCAACUUUGUGGCUGAUUUCAACGUCCAGUGUGGACAGGAGCAGGGCCUCUGCAUGAUACCUUUCCAUGCUGGAGGCUGAGUCAUUUCCUAGGCAAUUUGUUUUAAAUGGACAGGGGUGAGCUGGUGAAAGGGUUGGUGAAGGAGCUUUUCCCUUCCAACCAAGCUGGGGAGCCCAGAAAGCAGCUGGGUAAGAUGGGAUUUGAAAUGGACUUGUAGAUCCUUUCUGGCCACCGAUGUUUGGGUGGCUGUUUCUAAGGGAGAUCAUGUUGUUUAUUUACUGAACAGAACUAGAAAUAGCAAGAAAAAAAAUGGACUCCUCUCUGAUUUUUCUACUGCAUUGUACACGGUGCUUUUAGCAUAGAUCUCAUCAAAGCCACAGAUGUGCUCUGUUGGCUGGGCAGCGGGUGGCUAGCUGGCUAAGAUGGGUUGAUAGCACUGACAGGUUGAUGGGUCACUCAGGGUGAUGUCCAGGCUGAGGAGAGGCACUGAUUGCAGUGGGAGUUCACCAUAUUGGCGUCUCUAAAGCAGGGCAGCCAAGGCGUCAAGCUGAUGUGGCUGGGCAGCAAUGGAUGUGGGCCUUUCCCCAGAAGCGCUGUGGCAUCUUCAUCCUUGGAGAUGCUCAAAUCUUAUCUACUCAUGGCUCUGAGCAACCUGAUCUGACUUCCAGUUUCACCCUGCUAACUUCACCUCUGGAUCCUCCCAACCUGAAGUAUUUUAUGACUGUUAUUACUCUGGCUUCCCCCAUUUGUCCUUCCCCGCUCUUUCCCCUAGUAAGGGCUUUUAGCCCCCCACCUUCUCCAACCGUUGGGUUUAUUUCCUGCUAUUGAGAAAACACUGCUCCCCAAGCUUCCUAGAUUGAGUGCAAGGGCUCUGGGGGAUGGUCCUAGCUGGUGAUGGGGAUGACUUUUUAUUUUAAAAAGCACUAGCAGGAGGGUUGCAUCUGGAAACUCAUCCAGGGCAUUGUGGGUUUUACCCAUCACAAGCAUACCGAGGAAAAAGGUUGUUUUAUCAUAUAGUUUGGACCACUCUGCAUUAUGGCAAUAUAUGUCUCGGAGAACGACAACAGCAGCUGCUAUAAUGCUGUGUGGAGGUGCAGAGAUGUGUGAAAGCCCUUCCAGUCACAGGACAAGCCAACCACUGCAGUGAGGUCUUGACUGCAGUCAGCAUGUGGUCAGAGGAUAUCUGGGCAAAUGUGGCUGCUGCUGAGCAAGGACUCUAAAAUAGCUUGCAGAUGACACCAUUAGUUUGCUGUGCAAAGGUGAACUGGGGACAGGGAACUGGUAACCUGCCUGGAUUUCCUCCAUGCAGUCCCAUGUCUUGUAUGUGGUGAUUUAAAGCCAACUGCAAAUUGAAUUUCUGCUGUGAUAGCACAGCGAAUUGUGGAAAAGGUCAGCCUGGCUCAGCUCCAGCCAGGCUCGGGAGACAGAAGUGUAGGUGUUAUUUCGGUACUGGGUCACGUUCCUCCUCUGAUCUCUGAAGUUGUGGGUAGUGGCUGUUUCCUAUUGUAUUGACAUUACUCAAGUUGAGUGUGACUCUGCCCUGCCUGGGAAUUUUGCUGUGCUGUUGCCCAGGAUGGGAGAGCCCUCAUGGGCAGCGUAGGGAGCAGUAAGCCAGGAACCAAAGGCUGCACUGCCCUGCUCUGUUGCUGGAUCUCAAGUAGGUAGGAGAUCAAUUUUCAAGCGAGUGACACCCUGAGAAAGGUGCUCGUGCCGACGUGCUGAGAUGAGGCAGAGCUGCAAGGAAGAAGAGGUGUCCGUGUGUAGGCAGAGCUGCCAGCUCUGCAGGAGGACAGGGAGGGAGGAAGUUGGCACUGUUGGGGUGUGUACAGCUAUGAGAGGAGCUGGGGACAGGACUAAUGCUGUUACGGCUCGGUGUAACUGCUCGCUAUACCUCUCCUGAUUUUCAGCUUGCUGAAUUGUCAUAGAAUAGCUUCAGGUUAUUAAUACGCACAUGUAGACUAGCCGUUCUUGUUAUUCCACUAAUUAAUAAUUAUUAACUAAUAAUUAUUAAUAAUUAAUACCUUGGAGUAUUAAAAAUUAUAAAUAGGUUGACAGGAUCUGAACGUCCCUACCUCAUGUAGGAUCUAAAAUAAAGUGAACUAACUAUU